CGCAUUUCUCCUACUUCAAUCACCAAUUCCUUCAUUCCAUACCAACUACCAGUAAUAAAUCAAGAAAAUUUAAAAUACAGAAUGGCCGUCCCGUUCAUCCCCAUCUUCCCGAUCUGCUUCCAGUGCGGAACGGACCAGAAUCCGUGUCGGUGUAAGGUUGUUGGGCCGACGAUUGGUUUUGUGGUUACUAUUCUCGCAGCUGUCGUCUGCUAUCCCGCCUCGCUCUUCUGCGGCUGUUGCAUGACCAAGACUGGAAAGGAUAUGCUUGCGUAUCCCGUGAAAUUGAACGCGCAAGUUAGCGAUCUCAUACCUAUAUGAUAUGGCGUUCGCGGAGUAUGGAAGUACAAUUAGGUAAUUUAGUUGUUAAUGGAUUGGAAUAGUGUGUAGUUUAGUUGUCAUCAAAUCAAUUAAAACUAGUCCUAGUGUGACAAUAAACCAACAACAGCAAGGUAUCGAG